AUGCCCCGCGGCCGGGACGAAAUGCAAGUAAACGUGGCGGGCCUAAGGAGAAAUAUUAAAAACCUCGCGCACAACUAUUCCGAUGCCCAGGUAAAAGUGCGCGAGGCGACAUCAAACGACCCAUGGGGCCCUUCAAGCACGCUGAUGGCGGAGAUCGCCGACCUCACGUACAACGUGAUGGCGUUCACAGAGAUCAUGCAGAUGAUCUGGAAGAGGCUCAACGACCACGGCAAGAACUGGCGGCACGUGUACAAGGCGCUGGUGCUCAUGGAGUACCUCAUCAGGACCGGCAGUGAGAAGGUGGCGAUGCAGUGCAAAGAGAAUAUCUUCGCAAUACAUACGCUUAAGGAUUUCCAGUAUAUGGAGGAGGGGAAAGAUCAGGGUCAAAACGUUCGCGAGAAGGCGAAAUCAUUAGUGAACCUGUUGAAAGACGAGGAGAGAUUAAAGAACGAGCGAGCGCGCGCCCUCAAGGCGAAGCAGAGGUUCGCGCAGAGUGCCAGCGCCUUCGGCAGCGACGGCGCGCUCGACACGCCCAGCAGCCCCUCCUACCCAGCCUUCGGCAGUGAAGGCGCGCUAGGAGGGCUGGACUCCAGCCCAUACCCCACGUUGAGCGGCGAGGGCGCGGAGUGGUCGGGGCGCGAGGCCGAGCUGGCGCGGCCGCUCACUGCCGGCGAGGAGGAGCUGCAGCUGCAGCUGGCGCUGGCCAUGUCGCGCGAGGAGGCCGAGCGGGACGAGAGGCGCCGCCGCUCCGACGACGUGCGCCUGCAGCUCGCCAUCAGCCAGUCGCAGCAGGACUUCCAGACCACAGACGGGCUGCCGCCGCCUAAGAAGGGCCAGUCAUCGUCCCAACAGUCUCACUUGCUGGACCUGCUGGACGUCAACCUCAGCAGUCCGCCGUCCACCGCGCCGCCUCCACUAGUGGAUCCGUGGGCCGGAGAACAACCUAGACCGGAGACAUCGUCAGACGCGUGGUCUGCAGUAGGCAGCCCUGCGAAGGACCCGUGGGCACCCGCCGCGCCGGCAGACCCGUGGGCACCUGUCGCACAUGCGAAGUCACCUGUAUCUGUCCUGUCGUCGCCAUCAUCGUCAGAGCUGGAGCAGUUCGACGCACUGUCGCAGCGACCUCGCAACAACCUCAACAACAACACCGAGCCCGACCCCUUCGACCUCACCGCGUUAAGUGACAGUUUAACUCCGAAGCCGUCGUCCCCGGCGGGCGCGGCGGGGGCGGCGGGUAUGAAGAAGUCUCCGUCAGCGUUCCUGGGCGAGAACUCGUCGCUGGUGAACCUGGACCGCCUGCUGCAGCCGGCCGCCGCCGAGCUGGCGCCCCCCGCCGCGCACAACCCCUUCGCGGACACCGCGCCGCCCCCACACAGACACGCGCACGCAGCCUUCACGCACACACAGCCCGCGCGGCUAACUAUGAACGAGUUGAAACAGCAACAGAUGGGUCUCACGGGACUCAACUUCGGCACGGCUUCCCCAGCGUUUGGGGCGCCAGCUCCCAUGCCUACCAUGGCAGCUCCGCUGGCGCCCAGUGGGAUAGCGGGCGGCAUGCCGACGGCCGGGCUGGCGCCCAGCCUGGCGCCCGCGGGCGUGGCGCCCAGCGCGGACCCGUGGGCGCCCGUGCCGGCGCCGCGCUCCACGUCGCCGUGGUCCCCGCCGCACCAACGUCACACACCCAACCCCUUCCUCUCCUAG